GAAAAUUUAUUUGAAAUGGAAGAGACAACAAUAUUCAACGGCUUAAAAAAACAUUUUAAAUUCGACGAAUUCAAAUCGGAUCUCCAGCGUAAGGCUACAGUAGAAAUAUGUCAAAGAAAACGAGACGUUUUCAUCUCCAUGCCAACUGGAUCUGGGAAAUCCCUUUGUUACCAAUUACCAGCCGUUUUGCACCCGGGAAAAAUCACCAUAGUUUUCUCACCGCUAUUAGCUCUUAUUAAAGACCAAAUAGACCAUUUAACGGCUUUGAAAAUACGAGCAGCGACGAUAAACUCCAAAAUAACCUCAGCACAACGAGAAUCCGUAUUAAUGGACUUGAAAUCCACCUCGCCAAAUACUCGAAUACUGUACGUAACACCGGAACAAGCAGCCACAGCCACAUUCAAAGCUCUAUACGAAAACCUGUACAAAUUCAACAAAAUCGCCUAUCUAGUGAUAGACGAGGCGCAUUGCGUCAGCGAAUGGGGCCACGACUUUCGACCGCAGUACCGCAAACUGGGCGAUCUACGCGACAACGUCGACGUGCCCUGCAUAGCCCUAACGGCAACGGCCAACUCCGAUGUAGUCAAAGACAUCGUAGCCAGUCUGAAAUUAGCCCCGGAUUAUCGAACCUUUCGAACGUCCUGCUUUCGCAACAACCUCUUCUACGACGUACACUACCCCAAUCUACUGCCGGAUCCCUACAAACACCUCAGGGACUUCGUGUUGGAUUGCUUGAAUGAAAAAGAGGAGAAAUCGAUGGAUAAACAGCGCAAAUCCUGCGGUAUAAUCUAUUGCAGGACGCGCGAACAGACCGAACUGCUGAUGGAGAAACUCAACCAGCUGGGCGUGAAGGCUCUGUGUUACCACGCCGGUUUGAAGUCGGACGAGCGAAGGGUGUUCCAGGAACAGUGGCAAAACGGCGACGUACCCGUCAUUUGCGCCACCAUCAGCUUCGGAAUGGGCGUAGACAAAUCAACAGUAAGGUUCGUGGUGCAUUGGGGUAGCCCCAAAGAGCCGGCCUCGUUCUACCAGGAGACCGGCCGGGCCGGCAGGGACGGCAAGCCGUCCAAGUGCCGCGUCUACUACAACAGAUCCGACAGCAAAGCCAUCGAAUUCCACCUGUCGCAGGACUACAGCAAGGCGGGCGACGUGGAGCACAAAAAGAAACGCUCCGAGCGGGCCCUGAAGGGGUUCCGGAAGAUAUUGGAGUACUGCGAGAACCCCACGGAAUGCCGCCAUAAACUGUUCACCGAUCACUUCGGCGAGCCGCCGCCCGAGUGCUCGAACAGAUGCGAUUUCUGCGCGAACGGGAAGAAGGUGCGCGAUUUGGCCGAGGAAUUCCUCACGAAGAGCAUUCAGUUUAACAGCAAAGCCCAAUCGUACUCGGAGAUUGAUUACUCCGAUAUGUACGGCGAGGGACGGUACGGUUUACAAAGAGAACAAUCAGAUUACAACAAAACCGCUGGUUCUGACGGUGACGACGACGACGGGGCGGGUUUUGAUAAUCGAAAGGCGCUCGAAGAGAAAGCUAAAAAGGCGACUAGUGAUUUUAUUAAGAAACAAUUCUCUUUGCGAAGAAACCAACAGGAGAUGUCUCAAAACACCAUAGACAAAUUGAUAUCGAAACACGCCCGCGUCAAAGCAGCUGCUUCCUCUUCCAGCAAAGUAAAAGGCCUCACUUUGGCUACGAGAGAACAAUACGUAACGAAGUUACUGGAAGUUUUGCACGAAAACUACGUUAAAUGCCAAGAGGAACCCACUUUAGAUAGACAAGACGUCGAGGAUUGUUCAAUUGAUAUGGAAUACGAGAUAUUUUCCGCUAAUACGACCAUUACGAUGUAUAGGAGCGCUUUAGCGAAAACGAUAUCCAACGUCAAAAAGCUCACCGACGAUGAAAUCGUUUAUGAAAAACUCCUGAUUUUCGAGCCGAAGCCGGCCAAACAUGAGACCCUCACCGAUCUGUUCAGGAACCUAAGCAAACGGCGACAGUCGCAGAGCACCGAGGCGGACGCCUUGCCGGGCUUCCGGAGCGCCAGCGAGCUAGUCGACGACGCCGAGACCGCUCCGGCAUUCACAACGGCCUCUCGACUGUACGCGGACGCCGCCCCGAAGGACGGAGAGAUGAGCGCGACGGGCAAACAGCGCAACUUCAAGAGCCUGUUCGGAGAGGACUCCGACGAUGAAGGCGGCUCGAAAUCCUCGAACAGCAAAGACGUGUACUCGUCCAAAGAGAAGCACGCGAAUAGGCACAAUCGGGACAAGAGGAGCCUCAGCAGGGAGCGAAGCGAGGACAAGAAGCGCAGGAAAGAGGAGGAUUGUAAGGAAGAGGAGAGAUCUUCACCGCAACAGCACCCGUCGCCCUCUUCUAAGGACCAUCACAAGCGCCAGAAAGCCACCGAUGUCAACGUGAUGAAGUACUCGAGCCGGCCGGAUGGGGAUUCGAGGGCUCGCAAGAGGUUGAAGUUGAAGAAGAGCGAAGUCGGGGGGCUCGUGGUUAAAUUGCUGACGCCCGCUUACGCGGAGAAACGGUUCGAGUCGAGGGAGACUUUUAAGAUUUUAGCUAGGAAUAUAUCGCACGCUUUGGCCGAUAAAGACGAAAGUGAGAUCAAGGCGUACGUUCGGAAGUUUUUAGAAAAAAACGAAGAAAUUACUUUGAGUACUGCUUUAUAG